AGAGGAGACUUUCGGGACAAAAAGUGGCCGACUUAACGAGUAUAUAAGGAAGGCACUGUGGCACGGUUUGGCACUCGGAAGAGCAUCUACUUAAAAACAUGAAGCUGACUUGCCUUCUGCUGUUAGUGAGCGUUGCCGCCGCCCUGGCCCGCCCGCAGGCGCCGCCCUCCAUAAUUAAAAACGUCCGCUUCGAGCCCGACGACGACGGCCAUUACGAGUUCGAGAUCGAGACGAGCGACGGCAUCCGGCGCUCCGAAACCGGCAGCCAGACCGGCCCGGAGAGUCAGACCAUCGAAGGAGUCAUCUCUUUCACGCUUCCCGACGGAACUCCGUUCAAGAUGACGUUUGUGGCCGACGAGAAUGGCUUCCGCCCGCAGAGCAGCCUGCUUCCCGUGGCGCCACCGAUGCCGGCGCACUCCCUGCGUCAGCUGCGCCUCGCUGCCCUUGACUCCGACGAGGACAAGUGAUGACGACGCCCUUCCGUCUGUAUGACACCCGGCAUGUGACAUAUAUAUUGCCAUGAAAUUCUUCCACUGAACAACGUUUAAUAUUUCCUUUUCACUGUACCUUUUACUUUCUAGAGUAUGUUAGUUGCCACCAGGUCUUCCUCGUCAGUCUAUUUAUUGCCAUUAAAGUGUACUCAUGGAUA